CUUAUUUUUUAUAUGUACAUAUAUGAGUCUAAAGGUAACAUGUAAUUCUAGUUUAUAUGUCGUGCGUCAUAAAACCACAAAUUAAUAUCAGAAUGGGCUUUCUGACAUUGUUUUUUUUUUCGUUUUCCUUGUAAUGAUAUUUGGUCACUCUCGAAAAAAUGUGUCUUCAUAUGUGACAAGUUACCUUUAUUUUACAUUAAAACUAAAUAAUGUGUUAUAGAGCUUAUAAAGUCAAUGGAAUAAUAUAUUAAUUUUAUUCAGACUUAUAACAUUAAUUUCCUGAAUAUUUAGCGAUCAAUAUUUUGUAUAUAAUUGCAAUAAAAUAUUGUCGGCAAUUAAAAAUCAAAUUAUUUAGUCAUAACAAACAUCGUAUACACUAUAAUUCGAUUUGCUUAAUUUGAAUUUUAUUUGUUUUUAGUUCAGUAUACGCGAACGGAAAAAUAUCAUUCGUUUAUAUUAAAACACCAGUUUUAUUUGAAUAUAUACCCAGCGAGUCAUCGAAACUUAGUUGGCAUUUGUAACUUUUGCAUACAAAAAUAAUUACGAUACUUAUCGGAUACGAUAAAUAUCUCGUACUGUCUUAACUUUUUUUAGAAAUCUGUUCACUCUGUUUUUGACUGCGCCUCGUAUGUUCCUUACCUUGCUAAUGAUUUUAAUAAGAGAGAGCUCCAAUCGACUUUUACCUAACUAUAGAAAUUCACUUCCAAGCUUGUACGUCUUAAAAUUUGCGAUCAGUCAUACAUUUCUAUCGUUGAUGUUUAUACGCGAAUAUUUAUUUUCGAUAUCACUCUGUAUCUCGAUCGAUUUUUUAAUUAAUACUCAAACAUGUUAUCUACCAUGAGUCUUCCAGUAAAAGUAAACAUCAUGGAAAAACCAAUAGGAGAAACAGCUAUUUUGGAAACCCCUAUUCAGGAGAGUUUAUUGACUUACGAAGAAAAUUUUAUCGAUGAAGAAAUUGAUGAUUUGGAAGAAUUCGAAGAUGCUUCGGAUUUGCCGGCAGUUGAUCUCGACGAUAUGACCUUAGAGAAAGCACUGGAAGAAGGCCAGCAAGCUAUUAAUUAUUUUUUCAACAACCAGUUUGUUCAAGCUAAAAAUUUAAUGAGCCCCUACUCAAACGUGUCCAUGUACCACUCUCUGGGCCACUCAAUAUUCCUUUUCCUUGAAGCUAUUCUCACUGUUGAACCGGCAGCAAUAAAGACAGCCUCCAAAUCCCUAAAACACUCUUUAAUUGUUUGUAAUCGGUUCAGGCGAAAAAAUACCAUAGGGGAAUCCCUCGGUAAAAUGGUGAAAAAGAAUAAUUACGAACAGCUGACAGAAAUCGAGGCUCAUGCAGAGCUUUGUUAUGCCGAAUGCUUGUUGCUGAAAGCUGUACUUACUUUUAUGGAGGACGAAACUUUGGGCAGUUUUAUCAAAGCCGGGCUUAAAAUUAAAUCAUGUUUUAAUUCGUAUAAAGACUGCCAGCAAAUUCUAAACAAAAGACACUGGGAGAGUGAGCAGUCUAAGCUGCAUUUUGAAAGCGGAGUAAAAAUGGGUAUUGGAACCUUUAAUCUUAUGAUUUCCAUGUUGCCUUCCAGAGUUAUUAAGUUACUAGAAUUUAUAGGGUUUUCGGGAAAUAAGGAGCACGGUCUUCUGGACUUAACACAGGGGUACAAAAUGAAAGGGAUAAGGCAAAUAUUGUGUACAAUGACACUAUUAGGUUACCAUUUAAUAGUGAUGCACGUUCUCAGUCACAAAGAAGGAGAUAUGGGUAUAUGUCAAGAUAUUCUUGAUAAGCAACUUGCUAAGUAUCCAGAUGGAGUAUGGUUUCUAUUUUUUAGAGGCCGAUUAGAAUUCCUAAAAGGUAGACUGGAUGAAAGUAUAAGGUAUUAUACGAGAAGCUGGAAAUCGCAAGAUUUGUGGCCCCAGUUUCAUCACGUUUGUUUUUGGGAACUUCUAUGGGUACAUUGUUUGAAAUGCGAAUGGAGGGAAGCAUUGCAAUACUCAUCAAGACUCAAGCAAGAAAGCAAAUGGUCAAAAUGUCUUUACACCUACCAAAAGGCUGUUAUUAUGAUUAUGUUACAAGACGAACUUACCAAAGAAGAACAAGAAGAAUUAGACCAAUUAAUGAAAGACGUUCCAAGAUAUAAACAAAGAAUAGCCGGAAAAUCCUUGCCAAUGGAGAAAUUUGCUAUAAAAAAGUCAGAACGAUAUUUCAAUCAAAGGAAAAGCCUCGUUUUACCGGCACUAGAGCUGAUGUUUAUGUGGAACCUAUUCAAAAUAUUAAAGAAUUUCAAUAUUGCCUCUGAAAUUAUCAAGUUAAUAGAUACAGCUGAGGCUGAAAUAGAAUCAUCAGUUAAACCAUCAAAAUAUAAUUGUGAUAAUAAGGCUUUAAUAUAUGUGUUAAAAGGAGCAUGCUUGAGACAUAUGGGUAGCCCAAACCAAGCUCUGGAUUAUUUUGAAAAAGUUAUUGAUAUGCAGAAACAAAUUCUAGAGGAUAACUAUUUGGUUCCAUAUGCAAUUGUAGAAUUAGCUAUUAUCGAAUGGUCAUUUGGUAACAAAGAAAAAGCAGUCUUAGCUUUAGAAGAUGCUAAAAAAAAUUAUACUAGCUAUUCAUGCGAAUCCAGGUUGCAUUUUAGGAUACACACUGCACUCUCGGAAUUCAAAGCUGAAAUCAAGUCUGCUAAACAUUGAGUGCUGUGUGUUGUCAGAUUUUUAUAAAUAUAUUCACUGUUAUGGAGAUUUUUGUGCAGAGAGGUAUUUUAGAUAACUGUUGUCAUUUUUUUAUUAUUUUUUGUGAACUAUACUAGUACAUAUUGUGACUGCUGACCAAUUUUUAUUUAUUAAAUGACUUAUACGGUAGUAUGUAGUUACAUGUUACUAAAUAUAUUUAAUUACAUUUUA